AUGAUCCGAAGAAUAUAUCUCGCGAUCCUGUUGGCAUAUCUGGCAACGGUGCGAUCGGCAGCCACCACAGAUAAUGAUAGCAUUGAAGCUUUGCCACCCAAUGACGCACCAAGGGAUCUCCAUCACGAAAAUGAUCUCUUUUGGGCAAGAAUGGUCAGCGAGGUUUUAUCGAGUAGCUUCACUGAUAGACCAACAGAUACACCGACAGACUCUCCGACCAAGGAGCCCACUCAUUCCCCAACAAAGGAGCCGACGAAUGCUCCCACAAAGACACCGACAGGUACCCCUUCAAAGGCACCAUCAGCUAACCCCACAAAGGCACCAUCAGCUAACCCCACAAAAGCACCAUCAGCUAACCCCACAAAAGCGCCGACAGGUACACCGACAAAGGAACCAUCAGCUAACCCGACAAUAGCACCAUCAGCUGCUCCCUCAAAGAUUCCAACCGAUUCCCCUUCAGGCUCUCCAUCUGAUCUACCUUCAGCAUCUCCAUCUGAUCCUCCAUCUGGUCCUCCGUCUGCUCUCCCGUCUGCUCUCCCGUCUGCUCUCCCGUCUGCUCUCCCUUCAUAUCCCCCAACAAUCGAGCCAACGAUGAUUCCUACGGUUUCUCCUUCAGGGUCGCCCACAGAUGUUUGUGAAGCCAGCGCUGAAAUUACUUGCGAAGAUAGCAAUGGGAUACCCUGUGACCAGCUCGCACCGGUAGGUUCAGGAGUAUGCUCCAUUGGCGACACAAUCGAUUCAAUUCGACUAAGGCUGAAUUAUUGCACGUGCGACGAAAGCCGUAACUCCCAGCCGAAGUUUAUGAAUGACUAUUGCGAUACUCCUGGUUCGCUUCCUGGCGGUGCGGAAGAGACGGUAGAUGUGGUGUGCGUUGAUCCUUCCAAUAGCAACAAUGUUCUAUACUCUGGUAGUCAGGUUGAAGGAGACGAGAUAGAAAUCACCGGUGGCUUGCCAGACUUAAUUUCAUGCUCCAUAUCAAGCAGAGGCACCCUGCUUCAAACUGUCACAAUCAACACAACAGGCCAGGUUGACUUGUUUCUAAAGGAUAAAUAUGGGAGUUUUGAAGUCGAAGCAUGCGGCAACCUGGAUUGUUUGGAAGAGGUGGUAUAUUCUUACGCGGCGAUCAACACGGGACCUGUGCCGCUCACUGUGACGACCUUUCAGAGAACUCGAUUCAACGAACAGAAAGACCUACUUCAAAACCUUAGUCCGACCGAAAUUGCGCCCGGAAGCAGUGGAUCUGCCAGCGAAGUCGAACUCGUGGACAUGUGCCUGGAUAACGCAUUUGAUACUUUGUUGGAGGUUGUUGCUGUGCCUUCCGACAGCGGCUUGCCGUGUCCAGCAGAAGCAUUCUAUUCUUUUUCCGUCGAAGCAAUUUGCAGGGUAGACGUUGCCAUUCAAUGCAUGGCUGAAGAUGGCACGGACUGCUUCGAUCUCCAACCACCGGUCAAUUCAUGCACACUUUCGGAGGAGCGAAUCGCCCAACUCAAAUUCCGGUUUACAGGCAAUAGGUGUACCGAGAGCCUAAACUCGCAAGCAGAUGCGACGUGUAUCGAUGCCAGUUCGAUAUCGAGUACCACAGCGGCUACGGUGUCGUGUGCUGCGGCUUCCGACGGAGGCACGGUUCUUGUUAGUCCCAGUGCUGUGAUGGUGGGCGAGCCAGUUGUGGUCUCCGGUCCUGGUGGCUCGCCUCUUCCAUCGGAGGUUGUGUGCACAGUUACGGACAUCAGUUCCAAGGUUGUUGCUCAAGAGUUGAGUUUCUUUACGGGAGAUGGAAACACCUUAAAUUUGAAGGACCAGUUUGGCAGUUUGGAACUUUCGGCCUGCACCAAUGAAGCAGGCGCAGCACAAGACUGUGAAGAAUUAGUCUGCUACAACUAUGAUGUGAAGAAUAUUGGGACAAAUAACAUGGACCUUACACGAAUUGAACGAACAAGGAACGGUGAAACUAUUAGCCUGCUUGGCAUGCUUGAUGUCACAAACCUACAACCGGGAGAAGAGACUGGUGUCACUGAAAAGGAAAUUAUGGACUUGUGCCUUGACUUGUCAACUUCUACAACUGUGGCAGUAGAGGCUGAUCCCCCAAACGGCCUCACUUGCUUUGACGAGGAUGAGUACACUAUCAUCGUUGAAGUUGGGUGCAAGGUUGAUGUCGAGAUCUCUUGCGAGUCAGAUACUGGAAUUGACUGCUCUGAUGUGGGCUACCCUUCACAGUCUUGCACCCAGCUAAAUAAUGGUGUCCCCCUUACCACCCUGAAAUUUCGGUAUGAAGAUUGCACCUGUGAAGACAGCAAAGGCACCAAUGCGCAACCUGAUGCAACCUGUACUGACUUUGAGGCGCUUCCAUCGGGACCAGUGGAUAUUGCAUGUAGUUCCAGAGAAGACGGUACCUCGGUUGAUGUUUCCCCAAGCAGGAUCUCUCCCGGAGACGAUGUUGUUUUUAUGAUGUCUGACGGCUCUCAAUUGCCUUCUCAAAUCUCGUGUAUCGUCACUUUGUCAAGCAGUGGUAGCGCAACGGUAUUCCAGACGUUUUCAUUCUUCACAAGAGAUGAUCAUGACUUGUUCCUCCAAGACAAAUUCGGGAGUUUAAAGUUGCUGUCUUGUUCGAACGAAGCGGGACAGUUCCUAGAUUGUGAAAUGCUCCUAUGUUUUGAGUACAAUAUCAAGAACAUCGGAACAAACAACAUGGACAUUUCACAGCUGGAACGCACAAGAAACAACGUAACUGAGAGCCUUCUUUCGCUGCUUCCAACAACGGAGUUGGAACCUACUGAUUUUACUGUCGUAGUCGAAAAGGAGCUUAUGAAUUUAUGCAUGGAAGCAAAUUAUUUGACUGCUGUCUCAGUGGAGGCCAACCCACCCAAUGGCUUGACUUGCUUUGACAGUGAUGAAUUCUUGCUAACCAUUGACCCACCGUGCCAAAUCUUUGUUAAUCUCGAUUGUGCUACUUUUGGCGGAGUGGCCUGCACGAGCCUUGCUGGAGAGCAGUUUAUUGAGUGCAACUGUCAGGAUGGAUGUGCGCGAGAAUUAGUUUACAGGUACACUGGUGCAUCCUGCAAUGGUCAGGGAGGAUGCACUGAUCUCAGUGAAAACGUCGAACCGGCAGAUAUUGUGGUGGAGGGAGGAGGAAAUACCUUGUUGAAUACAGUCGCAUUCUUUAACCAGAGCAUUCAACUUCGAAACAAUGGGGAGUGCCUCCCGAGUACUUUGGCAGUGACGAUCAGUCCAUCUGGCACACAGACACCAUCUCAGACGCUCGAAAUUGAUUCAUCCUGUGCGGGAUCAGUAGGAUUGCUUUCAUCUUUUGGUGGGCUAGAAUUUGCAGGCUACACUUGUGAAGAUGGCAUGCCACACAACUGCUACACCGAUGUUGAAUACAGCAUUAACACAACAAAUGUUGGAAUUGUCAGCCAGACAGUAAACAAAUGGGAGUUUUAUUUGAAUGGUGAUUUGAGACUGCCAGGAAUGCAAUUACCAACCCUUGUUCCAAAGGAGACUUUCUCUCUCUUUGAGGCUGUAGAAGUGGAGCUUUGCAGAGACACUCAGUACACAGCAAAUGUUGAUGUCAGUGCAAUUGGAGCAGCUGAUGGUCAGGUUUGCGAAGAUUCAGACACGCUGAGUUUUGACAUAUCUACUGGUACACCAUUUCCAAGUCCACGUCCAAGUGAUGUGCCUACUGAAUUACCUAGUUUUCCCCCAAGUUUGCCACCAUCGCUUGCACCCACACCACCACCUACGCCUCCUCCAACACCACCACCUACACCUCCUCCAACACCAUCACCUACCCCUCCCCCAACACCCGCCCCAACACCACUGCCAAGUCCAGCGCCAAGUCCAGCUCCGACUCCUGAACCCAUGCCUGGCCCAACGCCUCCACCAUCUCCAAGUCCAACACCUCCACCGUCUCCAAGUCCAACACCUCCUCCAACACCUCUUCCUACUCCUGGCCCUACACCGCCGCCGACCCCAUCACCUACUCCUGGACCAACUCCAGCACCGACACCUAGACCAACACCACCUCCGUCGCCACCACCGACACCAGGGCCUACACCCCCACCGUCACCACCUCCGACUCCUGGACCUACACCAGAGCCUACCCCUCCACCAACCCAACCACCUAUACCAGAUCCUACACCUAAUCCCACCCCCAGUCCCACUCCUCCACCAAGUCCCCAACCUACACCAUUCCCAUCUGAGCCCCCAACUCCUUCACCAAGCUCGCAACCAUCAGAUGAGUGUGAGUUUGAGCUUGAAGUGUCCUGUAUCCCUCCCGAAGGGACUUCUAGUUGCAAUGCAACCCCUCCGCCAGUGGAACAAUGCACUGGAAGGCCCUUUGAGAUGGUGUUCUUGUUCAAUGGUGGCGACUGUAGCCAAAGUUUCAAUGUACAAGAAGCAGAAGGGAAAUUCACUUGCCAAGAUUUUAAUGGUGGGCCACCUGUUGGAAUCGGUGAAAAGGCAUUCGUACUGGUCACAGACCUUGAUGGUGAGGUAGUAUUUCACAAUGACUGGGUUAAUGUGGGGUUUCUGUAUACGCUAAGUGAUGGUGGAAACACUUUCCCGUCUGACCAGCUUAUCACAGUCUACAACAGCAAUGAAACAUCCGAUCCUUCCAAUAUUCUUCAAGCAGUACAAUACCACAGUUCGUGUUCCCAGAAUCUUUUCCUGAAAGACAGGUUUGGAGCAUCACAGCUUGUAAUCUGGGUCAAUGAAGAUCAAGGGACCGUCACAUGCUUUGCCAACCAAUCCUUUGUGCUUGAUGCAACUGUACCCAUUGAUAUCCAAGGAGGGCCUGCCAUUAUGCGAACUUUAACAGUUGCCUCCAAUGUAGACCCCUUCUUCUUCAACCUGACCGACAAGAUCAGUGGCUUGGUGGUGGAUGCAGGUGAAACAGUCCAAGCCAUCAUCACUAUUCCCAUUGACUUGACACAACAGCGAACAUACAAUUUGCUGAUUACGUUGAGUGCAGUGACACAGCUUGGUCAAAUGUGUCGUGCCAUAGAGUUGACUAGCUUCACUGCUGGAUAUCCCCUUCCUCCAGUUUUCCCAACAUUUGCUCCCACAUCAGCCCCAACUGGUACCAACCCUCCCACUCCUGACCCUGGCACUUCUCCAUGUGAUCUGGAAGCUGAUAUUGAUUGCAAAGCAGCCACUGGAACAAGCUGCAGAUCUCUUCGGAGUCCAACUUCUCGAGUCUGUACCAGUCAGAAUGGUGAAGUGUCUGCGAUAGAUUUCCUGGUGACGGGUAACAGCUGCGGAAGCACGAACAAUUGCGAAGACAUCAGUGCCAUUACUCAAGACGAAGUUUUCUUCUACGCGGAGGCUGAUGACGAGACGCCCAUUUUUCAGGGAGUCGUCCCAGUUGGCGGUUUUGCGAGAUUAUCGAGAGGCCUUGACGGAGGCAGAAUAGCGGUGACCCUUUCAACUGUCAACGAUGGCCUACCGGGCCAACCACUUCAGAUUUUGGAUAGAAUCGACUUGGGUUGCGACGGAAACGUCGGAGAAGACUUGACACUUCUUCAAAACUUUGGUGCGUUACAGGUAGCUGGGUUUGCCAAUCUCGACCAGGGGUUCAACUCGAUUCUUGACGCGAUUACGUUGACGUACAAAGUGAGAAACGAAGGGGCGCUGUCAGCCACCGUCCAGUCAGCCCUUCGGACGUCUGUUGGUGAGACCGCACCGGUGGAACUGAUAUCCAAUCCUCUGGUGCAAGAGCCUUUCGAGGAGACAAUCCUCGAAGAGACUACCUUGCAAAUCAAUCUACAGCAGGAAGCAGGUUCUGAUUUUUCGUUUCGACUGGAUGUAUCCGGUGUGGGGACACAGAGCGGUGUGGGGUGCACAGACUCUGCCGCUUACAUAUUCCGCAUUGGAUAACAGCACGGUAACGCAUGAUAUGAUGCCUGGACCACUGGUAGUGCCCAUCGAAUGGACCAGUAAUAUCAGGCUGGGGAAAGACCGGAGCAUCUUUUGUUUGCGGAUGGUUCUUGCUAUCCUGUCUUCGUAAACGUGAAGGUUUUGGCUUGUUGUUGGAGUAUUGCAUGUUUGACGUUUUGUCCAAGAAUGAAUCUAUAGAAUCUUUGAUACAUGUAUUACUUGCUUUGUCUCCUUAGGAUCUAGCUUGCCAACCUUCCAGUCGAUUGAACGCUGCCUCGGACA